GGCUCAAGUGGUAGAGCACCUGCCUUUCAAAUGCGAGGCCCUAAGUUCAGUCCCCUACACUGCCAAACAAAAAGACUCCCCCAAGUUUAGUCUUAGGGUUCAGAGUUCUGAAGGUCAGAGGCUGAGGUCCAUCUUGCCGGGCUAACUCCAAGGCCUCCAGCAGGUCUGGUUCCUCCAGAAGGAGACUCCUUUCUCCCCUUUGCUGGCUUCUGGAGGCACUGGCAGUCGUUGUCUGGUGACCCCAUCUCUGUCUUCACACCCUGUAGCCGGGUCCCUGGGAUCACAGCUCCUGAGUUCUGCUUCUGUGGUUCCAUGUCCACCUUUGGUCUUCCUUCCCCUCGUGUGGAGAGCAGGAGCACUUCCUCCUGGGCAGAGGGUCCUUCACACCUACAGAUGCCCUUCUGCCACUCGAGGUGCCAGCCGCCCCGUCUGAGCCAGCGGCCUCGCUGCCCCUCAGCCUGCCCCUGAGGGUCUAACGGGAGGACUGUGGUAAGGACAGGAUCAUUCAGGACUUUAGCUGUGCUGUGAGGGAAAAGACAGACGUGUGUGUGCUGCUGCUUCGGUGGGCGGCUUGGCCUCGGGAGGACGCGGUCAGGGGCGCAGACGGCCCAGGCCCGUGGCGAGAAGGUGCCAUGGCUGCCGUUGACAGCUUCUACCUCUUGUACAGAGAAAUCGCCAGGUCUUGCAAUUGCUAUAUGGAGGCCCUGGCGUUGGUGGGAGCCUGGUAUACAGCCAGGAAGAGCAUCACCGUCAUCUGUGACUUCUACAGCCUGGUCAGGCUGCACUUCGUCCCGCGCCUGGGCAGCCGGGCGGACCUCAUCAAGCAGUACGGGAGAUGGGCCGUCGUCAGUGGCGCGGCAGAUGGGAUCGGAAGAGCCUACGCGGAAGAAUUAGCGAGCCAGGGUCUCAACAUUAUCCUCAUUAGCGGGGACAAAGAGAAGGUGCAGGCUGUUGCCAAGGCUAUAGCCGACGCCUACAGAGUGGAAACCGACGUGAUAGUUGCGGACUUCAGCCGAGGCCGCGAGAUCUACCUUCCCAUCCGAGAAGCCCUGAAAGACAGGGACGUUGGCAUCUUGGUAAAUAACGUGGGCGUGUCCUACCCCUACCCGCAGUAUUUCACCGAGGUCGCCGAGGACAAGCUCUGGGACAUCAUAAACGUCAACGUGGCUGCCGCCAGUCUGCUGGUGCACACGGUGUUACCGGGAAUGGUGGAGCGGAAGAGGGGCGCCAUCGUCACCAUCUCCUCUGGCUCCUGCUGUAAACCCACUCCCCAGCUGGCUGCAUUUUCUGCAUCUAAGGCUUACCUGGACCACUUCAGCAGAGCCUUGCAGUACGAGUACGCUUCGAAGGGAAUCUUCGUGCAGAGCCUAAUUCCCUUCUACGUGGCCGCCAACGGGGCUGCAGCUGGCAGCGUUCUGCACAGAUGCCCUUGGCUGGCGCCUUCCCCCAAGGUGUACGCACACCAUGCGGUCUCCACCCUGGGGAUCUCAAAGAGGACCACGGGGUACUGGUCCCACUCCAUCCAGUUUCUCUUCGCACAGUACAUGCCCGAAUGGCUGUGGGUGUGGGGGGCAAACCUGCUGCACCGAUCCUCACGCCAGCAGGCCCUGUCCUGCGCGGCCUGAGCCCGCGCCGGGAGCCCGCGGCCUUCCCGCCUCUGCAGACGCGCGCGCUCGAUGGGACGCGCUUGCUUUCAUGGCUGACCGUCUGGCACACCGGUUCCUCGUUGGAAAGCGGACGGUGAGGGUCCUGCGGAAGCUCCCGGGUCGCCGGCGCGGCACCCAGCCCGGGGAGCGGGGGAGGGGCCUCCGCGGGGCCCGCCUCCCGCGGUCCAGCCGUGGUGCACGGGGUGUGUCGUGGUGUCAUCGUCUCUGUGGGAGCCCCAGCCUCCUAGCCCCUGUCACCCCGUGGCGCUUACCGCUGCUGCUGCUGCUUUUUAAGGGAGCUACUGAUUCCCUCCCCGUAGACGCCUGGGGGGUUGGUGGUCGGCUGUUCAUCAGGAAGACCGUCGUCACAGAGCGGCCCGGUGUGGAAACGUGGACGCCUGCGUGGCGCUGAGGCGUGGGCUGUGGUGGGUGUGGGGGGGGGCCCUUCCCUGAGGGCCCCAGGACCGCACGCGCGGUGUGCUGUGGGUUUCUGAGCAGCUUUGUUUAUGGUGUGUUUAAAGCGAGGACUUGUCCGGACGACCUAAGUGGAACCUUCCGGGCGUUAGAGGUCCGUUCUCCCGGUCCUGUAAACCAGCCCCCCGUCUGUGCUGUGGGUUGCCUGUCCCCGGCCGCUCCUCUACAGUAGCGUCUUCCUUCCUAGAGUGGUCCGCAUCGCAUAACCCUCAGUCAGCUUUCGAUUUAUGGGAUAAUGAUUGUGGUGUAGUGAUUUCUCAGUGUGACCCAUUUUAUAACUGACAUCUAGCCCUCAGAGCUUGUUCUGUCUGAUUUUCAUACACUUUUGUAUGUAGUCCUUCUGCGUUCCCCUGAUGUCUUAGAUGUAAACAUCAAGUAUUUAUGGAAUAGUAGUUAAAGUAUGGACACAUUAUGUCUAUGAUACUAUGUAUUGUAUCUGUUAAAUAGUCAUUUAGAAGCUCACUUCUGGCCUCUGUAGCAGCCCUGUGCAUUACGUAGUGAAUGCUUUAAUUGGUGUGAAGACAGUGGGUGCAGUCCCCACAAUAGAGGUUAGCUUUGAACCUACGGUGAGAUGGCUUUAGGUCCCAUCUUAGGAAGCCAGCUCUUCUCAAGGGCCCCGUGCCCGGUGUCCACCUCCCUGUGUGGACAUGGCAGGAUGUGCAGAUUUAACACUCGGAGGUUACUCCUGUGAUGCCAGUGCUGGGGGCUAAUGCUCUGAUACAUAGUAACAAGACUAUCAUCAGAGUUGAUGCAGAAGCUGGGAAUCGGUUGGGAGUGGGCCCUGGUGGAGCUGUGUGGGUGGCGUUCGCUCAGCGGCGAGGUGGCCUGUGUGCGCUUACCCACUUGUGCCCGCGGCCUUGCCCACGGCAUCUCCAGCUGAGGCUUGGACCAAGAAGGUCACUGCCGACCUUCCAAAGUUCUUCCACUCUGAAAUCAUGUAUUAAAAGAUGUGAGAGCUGUGCUUGAAGAUACUGCAUGGCAGCAGAGGCUUCGGGGCUGAGGGCUGGGAUUCCUCCUCUUGCUGCACCGGAGAGAACAUUGUGAAACAAGCACCAGCAACUUGCUGCGAAAACAUGUCAGGCUGGGUGUGGUGGCGCCUGCCUGUGGUCCCUGCACUCCGAAUGGUGGGAGAGAUCGAGAGCUCUAGCCCAGCCUGGCUCCUAGACCGUGUGUCAAACAUGGCCACUUAGUCACGUGUGAAGUCCUGUGAUGUGUUAUGAAGUCCUUGGCACGUGGUGGAAACAAGUUGACCAGCUCGUCGGUGAUGUGUUCAACUUCUCCCCUGGGCAAGACUGGGCCAGAUGUGCUGAGUGGGACAGCUGUGGGCAGUGUGUCUGUCACCUCAUCACAAGACCAGUGCAAGAGACUUUGCUUAGGUUUUCUAGCCCUGGU